AUGUCAGUCCACUGGCUGAAUAGCACUCCAUACCUUGUCAUCAUUUGCGCAUUACGAAGGACAUCCCACGCCCGGGGGCUUACAAGUCCGGAUCGUUUCGUUUUUUCGAGCAAGUUUGCUCAAUUAUUGAGCCGGCCGCCACCCCCGUCGUCGCGGACCUUAAAUUCGGGUGACUUCAAUGCUGGUGUGACGGCAGCUCCGGAUCCUGGGUCUAGCGUUUUGAACGGGGCUUUCCACGGCUUCCCACUUCGCUUCUGUGGACAGCCGGGUGCGGAUGUCAGAGAGUUUCUCGACUACUUGCGCUUCCGCGCUUCCUCCUCCCGUGUCACCGUGGCUCUAUUCGGCCACUCGCUGUGA